AGGCUGCCGUGGCGCACAACAACGCUCACCCCACCCCGCCUCCCCAACUCCCGACCUCUGACUUGCCGGAAUAUUCCGUCAUGACGGCAAUCUCUUGGAUUUUCCCGAAAAGUAUAUAUACCUUUCUCGUCUCCUCCUUCCUGCCCUAAAGUCCCCAGACCCCUUUCUUUCCCCGUUCGCUGCCCCAUCUCCCUAUUUCUUCUUCCCCCUUCUCUCUCUAGGUCGUCUCUCUCUUUCUCGCUUGCCCCUCUUUCUCUCUCCAUGUGCUUGUUCUUGGUCGCGUGGAGAUCGAUGCAGCGGGGAUGGAAGCCUUCGGAGGGGAUCCGUCGGCUGGGUACUAAGAGGAGCUUCGGAUCGGGAAAAAUAGGGCCUUUCUUGGUUCUCUAGAGCGCAGAGCUAUCUUUCCGUGGUGGAUGGACGCAGUGGAGUUGCCUCUGCCAGUGAACGUUGUUGUAUCGAAGCUCUUGGCGACUGAGGGUUUCGGGAGGGUUGGGGAGCCGGAGAAUAGAGGCUCUGACGCCGCUGAUGCUCCCGUUUUCGGAAGCCACAAGAUAUCUGGGUGCAGCCCUUGUAGUAGCGGUCACUGGAAGCAAUAAAAGAAGGGGUUAUUUGGAACUAACGGCAUGUGAAACGUUUUUGAUGCUCAAGGAUGUGUUUCUUUAUUAUUUUCUGGCAGUUGUCUAUACAUGAUUAUAUCCAUGACAGAUGCAGAACAUCAACACUCAAUUUCAGAAUGCAGUUCAGUUUCCAGACACAAAAAGAUUGACCGGGAACUAUGUAUGAAUGAAAAUAUGCCUCCCAGUUCCAAAUGUGAAGGUAAUGGCAAAAGGCAUCACCUUGGGGAGGCAGAUAUGCCUAUCUUAUCACUAGCCAAGCGUGAGGGCAGAUCAUUGAACAAGAAAUCUGUGAAAAAACCAAACACUUUCUCUUGCUCUAAGCGACCAAGAAUAGAUCAACCAGAAAAUUCUGUGACGAAUUCUGGAAUUGAUGACCGUAAUAUUAUAUCCAGGACAAUUGGAUCUGACAGCAUACCAUGCUCUUCUGCUGAUAAAUCCCGGAUGGUCAAGCAGAAGCGUGGUCAGGAUGGAAAGAGAACGGACAAAAAGAAUUUUAGAGGUUGUCUGAGAAGUAAAUUUGACUGUUUUACAACAAAGGCUGGAUUAACCAACUGUGAUUCCGCUUCCGGAGGAAACAACAUUCUCGGAAUAUAUGGUCUCAAGUCAGAUCUCCGUGAUGUUACAAAGCAUAUGGAUGAUCUAUCACUAAAUGAACUUCUUGAUGGCAAUUACAAAUAUCCUAACAUAUGUCCAGAAAAAGGAAAGAGAGCCUCAACUGUCAAUGAGAAUAUAUUAAUCUCGGUUAGAAAGGCUUGCUCUAUCCUUCCACUCCAUGGUGCAGUUGAUAACAAUGGAAAUGGAAAAGCUGUUAUAAACCUCUUGAAUCAUAAUUGCUCUUCACUGAACUUGUCUGAAUGUGAUAACAAGGAUAAGGGCAUUGAGGAAUUAGUAUCUUGUAGCAAGGAUCCUUGUCAGUUGAACUUGAAUGACUCCACUUUAUACCAGCCUAAAGACAUUUUGAAGCGGUUAACACUUCCUGCGGCCCAGGAUCUGAAUGCUCUUUUGUUGGAAUUAAACAUGACUAUGGUCCCUUUACGUUCUACUGUGCACAUGACAACUUUCUGCCAUGCUAGCUUGCCGCCUUUUCCUUGGUCCUUUUGUCACCCUGGAGCGUGCAAACCCAGUGUAGAUGUUGGUAAAUUGCCUUCAACAAAGAGCACAUCCCAAGGUAAAUGGGUUAGAAUAGGAAGCAAUUCCACUUCCCUUGGAGAUGAUCAGAGUUGCUUCUCUGAAAUGGAAUUGAAGUCAUUUAACCACAAUGAAGAUAUGGUAAUCCAGCAUAAGGUCAAUGAUCUUCUUCAAGAUGUGAACACCCUGGCAACAUCUGUCAGGCCGCUAUCUGAUGGGCCUUCCAGUACCUUAUGCAAUCUGUCAGUUUCUCCAGAAGCUCAUAGUUCAGAUGAUGUUGAUUUGAAGAAAGAUUCUGGUGUUUUCGGUUCAUUUAUUUCUAAAAUGCUUAAUUUAACAGAGGAGCAUGUGGACACUUCAGAUUGCCAUUUGGAAUUUGACCAUAAAGAUAGCGUGGUUUUAGGAACUUCUGAAUCUGAAAUCCAUCUGAGGUUUAAGGGACUUGAGCCCAACUUAGUGGAUCCAUCACAGACUACUUUGCAAUUCGAGGACAGCGAAGUCACUCGAAAAGCACAGCAUACAGUAGGCAGAGAUGGUUAUUCAGAAAAUUGCUCUUGCUACUCUUGUAAAAGCACUUUUAAUGGAUGUGAUCAGAAUUCACAAUAUUUUCCUACACCAAAGAUAUCCAAACAAGGCUCCUUACGGGGGGAACUGCAUGCUGCUGAAAUACUAUAUGCGAUGAGACAUUGUUCCAAUGCCAUCAAGAAUCGGAGCCAUGACAGUGGGAGGAUAAAAUGGCCCAAGACAUCAUCGCAGAAGACCAUGAAAGCUCGCAAAUCUGCAUCUCCCAUGGAUAAAACAGAGUUUUCAUUUCUCGCAGGUAGGCAUCAUGAUCCAGUUGGAAGUUCAGGCCCUGCAUUUGUGAGACAUAAGUUGAUGAGCGAAAAGAAAAAAGAUUUCAUGCACAUGAAUAAUACUGGUAGAGGACCUGCAAGAUGGUCUGUUCCUGCCGAAGGUAUUGCAUCUCCCAGCAAACUGGAAAAAGAUCCAGCCAUCAGCACGAGACCAUCGCAUAGCAGUGCCAUCAGGCCGCCCAGUCUGAUGUCAUCACCUGCUCGAGGCGAAAAGGGCUGCGACAAUCAGCAGAAGCUUAGGAAGGCGACGGUGACAUCAUCAGUUACCUUUGGAGGGUCAUGUAUUAAAGACUGGAACAAGGGAAGGAGCAAGAGAGUGUGAUUGUACAUUAACAUAUACAAUGAAUGCGUUUGAGCUACCUGUUGAGAGGCUGUAAAAAUAGAUAGAUGGGGGGGUCUGGGUUGAGCUUCUCAGCAGGCGACAAGCUACAUAUCUUGUGUUACGAACGGUUGACUGGAGGGAGGAAAUAUGCCCCCAUUUGUUUGGUUGAAUGUGGCCGUUGGAGGGGCGUGAGUUAACCGGGCAUUUUUUGUGGGCCAAUUUGUAAUGGGCGUACUUGUCUUUUAUUGGCAAAUAGCGUUACAGAUGGGCCUCUUCUUUUGCUUGAGUCUGUCUUGGCUGGAAACCAUCUAUUAAUUUUUAGAGGCUUUUUGUGAGUUGAUAGCUGGUCAUAAAAUUUGAUGUUUUUAAUUGGAGGGCUUCUCAUUCUAGAUUUCUUCU